AUGCUGCAUAGGGCACGGGGCACAGGGCUAGGGCCGAUGGUGCUGUCACGGGAUCGAGCAUUGUCUCCAAGCCAGAAAAGCUCCUUCCCAAUCAUCGAUCAUCCAUGUCUUCAUCGAGUCCUGGCGCCGUCGCAUCGCAUCAAUCCAGCGGCAUCUCGUUUGUACUCGUCUUCGCUCCCCCUCGGUUUCGCGGCUGCCUGUCGUCGGGAAGCCAGCCAGAGAGCAAGAAAAAGCCAUAGGCGUCAUCCAUCCCCUGUCACUAUCUACCACCACCACUCAUUCCAUCCCGCCUUGACAUUGAUAAUUCCCAGGCGCGGACGGAGAGAAGCGGCAUCGCCUCCCCGCCCCGCCUCAACAAGAUCAAAGUAG